AUGGCACCCUCUCGGGCCAUGCAGCCUCUACAGGCUCUGCGCCAACUCUCGCGGGCAACGGCGGCCACGAUAACGACUCCUAGGGCCGCCUGCCUCUACUAUUCGACCAAGCGGACCGUCGAUCUGGCAUUUGACCACCACGCCCCCGAGGCGGGCCGGGAGACGCGCGGGGCCACGUCGGCGCCCAUCAUCUUCAUGCACGGGCUGUUUGGCAGCCGCAAGAACAACCGGACGGUAUCCAAGGUGCUGGCGCGGGAGCUGGGCCGGCACGUGUACGCCGUCGACCUGCGCAACCACGGCGACUCGCCGCACGUGGCCGAGCACAACUACAGCGCCAUGGCCGACGACGUCGUCGACUUUAUCGGCCGCCACGGCCUCGAGGACCCGACGCUCAUUGGGCACAGCAUGGGGGCAAAGUGCGCCAUGGCCCUGGCCCUGGCCGAGCCGCGCCUGGUGCGCGACAUCGUGAGCGUCGAUAAUGCGCCCCUCGAUGCGCAGCUCGGCAGCGACUUUGGAAAGUACAUUCAGGGCAUGAAGCGCAUCGACGCCGCCGGCGUGACCAAGCAGAGCGAGGCAGACAAGAUUCUGGCAGAGUACGAAAAGGAUCUUCCCGUGCGCCAGUUCCUGCUCGGCAACCUGCACCGGCCGCAAGGGUCGACGCAGCAAAAGUUCAAGGUGCCGCUGGGCAUUAUUUCCAAGGAGCUCGACAACAUGGGAGAUUUCCCCUUCAAGGACCCCGAGCAGGUCCGGUUUGAGAAGCCGGCGCUGUUUGUCCGCGGCACCAAGAGCAAGUACGUGCCCGACGAGGCGAUUCCGCUAAUCGGCCGUUUCUUCCCCCGGUUCCAAAUGGUCGACAUUGAUGCUGGGCACUGGGUCAUUUCCGAGAAGCCCGAGCCAUUUCUGAAAGCUGUGAUUGAGUUUCUGACGCCAAAGGAAUAA